UUAAAAGACCACAACACGAUUGUACUUCUUUCUCCUUCAACGACAAUUUGAGGGUUAAUUUGAUCUAAACGCACUGACAACAUAGAGUGAGGUCUACAAAAUCAUCACUUUGUGUGUAUUCUCAAUGAUAACAUUUUCUUAUGGAAACUUAAUAUUCACCACUAUCUGUUCUAGUAGAUUUACUAGGAGUUUCUUUUGCUGGUGAAAUCACUUACCACUAUUUCGUGAUCCAGGCCUUGCAAGUGUUUCUUCGUGACACUAGCUCGUGCUCUACUUGUUUGUCCACAAAGAUUACAACUUAGUGAAUUAGAUUUUGAAACAUUUCUUCAGCUUUGGGGAUUUAAAGUGACCAAGAGAAAUUCUUUGCGUUUUUUUGUUUCCUCCUGAUACAAAUCAAUAUCUGUAGAUCAAUACUAUCAAUACGUACAAUGAUGAAAUCGUAUAAAUUGGAUAAUUCCGCCAAUCACGAGGAUACUACCGACGGUGCUCCGGCACUGAUACACACAAACAAUCAAAAUGGAGUUUCUCCUGGAGCUAAAAAUCAAACCGGAAAGAAAAAGAAGAAGAAAGAUGACAAAGGUGAAAAAUCAGACAAAGAAGUUAAAAGAACAGCAACUUUCGGAGAACUCUACUCCUUCUCCACAUGUUGUGACAAAUUUCUCAUCUUUCUGGGAUUUCUGAUGGCCAUGGCCCAUGGUGCCUCCUGGCCACUAUUGUUUCUUAUCUUCGGCAACAUGACCAAUGAUUUUAUUAACUAUGGUAAAAACAGCACUCUAAAUGGGACAACAUUUGAAAACUACACUUUCACAAACAGUUCUAUAGGGGAAAUGUUUGAAGAAGAAAUGACUCAAUACGCACUCAAAUAUAUUUACAUAGGACUAGCUGUGUGCGCUGCUACAUAUAUUCAUAUCGCAUUCUUACAAAUUUCUUGUGAAAGACAGACAUUGAAGUUACGUAGAGCGUUCUUCAAGGCCUUGUUGAGAGAGAACAUUGGCUGGUACGACAAACAGCAGAGUGGUGAGCUCACUACAAGACUGGCAGAUGAUCUGGAGAGAGUUAAGGAAGGCACUGGUGACAAGUCAGGUUUGGCGCUUCAGUUUCUGUCCCAGUUUUUAGCUGGCUUCUUGAUGGGUUUCAUCAAAGGCUGGAAGAUGACAUUGGUGCUUAUGUCACUGACACCAAUCUUGGCUAUUUGUGCAGCAAUUUUAGGAAAGCUCUUAUCAACUUACAGUGCAAGAGAGCAAGAGAAGUAUGCCAAGGCUGGUGCAAUAGCUGAAGAAGUUCUGUCUUGUAUUAGAACAGUCAUCUCCUUCAAUGGUCAUUCGCAAGAAAUUAAAAAGUAUUCCCUUGCAUUAGAGGAAAGUAAAAAACUUGGAAUCAGAAAGUCAAUAUUUGCAGGUCUCAGUGUAGGACUUACAUUUUUUAUUAUGUUUUGUGCCUAUGGCUUAGCCUUCUGGUUUGGAUCAACACAAGUGAACGACUACAACAAAAGUGAUGGUCAAGAUGGUCUGUCCCCAGGAAAUGUCUUCACAAUAUUCUUCAGUGUCAUGAUUGGCUCCUUUGCUUUGGGCAGUGCUGCUCCACACAUCACAACAGUGAUGACAGCCAAGGGAGCUGGAGGAACUGUGUUCUCUAUCAUUAUAGAUAAACCACCAAUAGAUUCUUCUGACCCUGGAGGUCAAAAACCAAAUACAGUAAAUGGAUACAUCCAAUUUAAAGAUGUUGAAUUUACUUAUCCAACUCGGCCAGAAGUCAAAGUUCUUAAAAAUUUCAACUUAGACAUUGAGCCAGGUAAAACUGUUGCAUUAGUUGGCAGCAGUGGCUGUGGUAAAUCUACAAUAGUCAACCUUAUACAAAGAUUUUAUGAUCCAGACAGCGGACGGAUAAUUCUGGAUGGCAUUGACAUUAAGGAUCUGAAUAUACAAUGGCUUAGAAAAAAUAUAGGCAUUGUAUCUCAAGAGCCUGUUCUGUUUGGUAUGUCUAUAGAGAAAAACAUCACUCUUGGCAAUCCAGGCAUUAACAUGGAGGAAGUAGAGAGGGCUGCCAAAAUGGCUAAUGCUCAUGAUUUUAUUUCACAACUGCCCAAAGGAUAUGAUACUUUGGUAGGAGAGAGAGGAGCUCAGUUGUCUGGUGGUCAAAAACAAAGAGUAGCCAUUGCAAGAGCACUUGUAAGAGAUCCUAGAAUUCUGCUAUUAGAUGAAGCCACUUCAGCUUUAGACUCUGAGAGCGAGGGCAUAGUUCAAGCUGCUCUAGAUAAAGCAAGAGAGGGAAGAACUACAGUCAUUGUUGCUCAUCGCUUGUCAACUAUACAGAACGCAGAUGUUAUAUAUGUGUUAGACAAAGGUGAGGUUGUAGAAAUGGGCAAGCAUCAAGAGUUAAUGAAAAACAAAGGAACUUACUUCAAUCUAGUCACACUGCAAACACUUGCUGGAAAAGAUGAAAGCAUAUUAGAAGAAGAUAAUACUAACAUAGAAGAUGAGAAGUCCAGUGUGAGUCCACAACACACAACUAGGCAGGUGUCACAGAAACAGGAUUUGGCUCCUCACACAUCCACACAUGCAGGAGAGAAGACAACUCCUACCAAGAAAAUCAACUUGUUUAAAUCUAAAAGUGAGACACCUGAGGAAGACCAGGAUGUAUUAAAGCCAGGAUUUCUUCGCAUGUUUAAAUCAAAUCUGAAAGAAUGGCCAUUCAUCUUACUUGGAUGCAUUGGUGCUAUAGCAAAUGGACUUGUAUUUCCAGUUUAUGCAGUUUUUUUCAGUGAAAUUAUUACUACUUUCGGUAAAACUGGACAGGAUCUGUUGGACCAGGGUCUCUUUUGGAGCAUGAUGUUCCUAGCACUUGGGGGUAUUACAUUUGUAGCAAACAUUUGCCAGAAUGUUGCUUUUGGAUUUUCAGGUGAAAGGUUGACAAAAAGAUUGCGACAGUUGACUUUUCAGAACAUAUUACGUCAAGAUGUUGAGUACUUUGACAAUCCCAAACAUUCUACAGGAGCACUGACCACAAGGCUUGCUACAGAUGCUUCUAUGGUUAAAAAUGCUACAGGAAUUCGUCUAGCAACAAUAGUCCAGUCUAUUACAUCUAUGGGAGCUGGCAUUGGUAUAGCUUUUGCAUUUGGUUGGAAACUUGCUCUAGCUGUUCUUGGUGGUGUCCCUCUUUUAGCUUUAGCAGGAAUGCUCAAUAUGAAGUUGUUAAAAGCAAAUCAAGAAAGAGACUCCAAACUAUUAGAAGAGGCAGGAAAGACUGCUAGUGAAUGUGUGGAGAACAUUAGGACUGUACAAUCUCUAACAAGAGAAAAAUAUUUCUUUGAUCAAUACAGUCAUCAGUUAAUCAAACCUCACAAAGAAAACAUCAAGCAGGCCCAUGUCUAUGGUCUAUCUUACGCCUUUUCACAAGGAAUGAUCUUCUUUAUCUAUGCUGGGGCUUUCAGAUUUGGAGCUUGGCUAGUGGCCAAUGAUGGGAUGGACCCAAAUCUGGUAUUUAGGGUAUUCUUUGCAAUCGCCUUCACAGGCAUCUCCGUGGGUCAAGCGGCCUCCUUCCUACCAGACUACACCAAAGCCCAGUUGUCUGCAGGUUACAUCUUUACCAUGCUUGACAUCAUCCCAAAAAUUGACAUCUUUAACACCAGUGGCACUAAAAAAGAGAACAUUUCCGGGGAGAUCAAGCUGGACAAUGUCCACUUCCACUACCCGACACGGCCGGACGUUCACGUGUUGAAAGGUGUCAGCAUGCAUGUCAGGCCGGGCCAGACGGCAGCUCUCGUAGGCAUGAGUGGAUGUGGGAAAAGUACAAUUGUCUCCCUUGUACAAAGAUACUAUGAUCCAUCGGAAGGUGCCAUUCUGAUCGAAGGUGUGGACACACGAGACUACAAUCUCAAGUCACUGAGGUCAUUGAUCAGUGUCGUCAGCCAGGAACCUGUCCUCUUUGACUGCAGCAUCAGAGAAAACAUCAGCUACGGAAUUGAGCAGCAAGUCCCAAUGGCUGACAUUAUAGCUGCAGCCCAAACUGCCAAUGCUCAUGAUUUCAUCACCAAUUUGCCAGAUGGUUAUGAGACUCAAGUGGGAGAAAAGGGGACGCAACUCUCUGGUGGCCAGAAGCAACGUGUAGCCAUAGCAAGAGCCUUGAUCAGGAAUCCCAGGAUCCUGCUGCUGGAUGAAGCUACGUCUGCUCUGGAUACCGAGAGCGAGAAGAUAGUUCAAACAGCUUUAGACAGAGCCAGAGAAGGAAGAACGUGUAUAGUGAUAGCUCAUCGGCUGUCCACCAUUCAGAACGCAGAUAUUAUCUACGUCAUGGAACAGGGGAGAAUAGUCGAAAGUGGUACACACCAAGAGUUGCUCUCUAGGAAAGGAGUCUACUCAAUCCUAGUCCAAGGGCAACAAUUUCGCCAAGACACUCAGAGCAGUCCUUAGGGCCACAAUAUCCCCCACACAUAAUAUCACCCCACAACCUACACUAAAUGCCCUGCUCUUAGUUUUCAAUUACACGAGAUUCCAAAAUGGUGUCAAAUAAAAGUGACAAUUUUAAUUAGCAAGGAAAUAAUUCUGGUUCAAACAUAUUUUUUUUUAAUUUGUAGAACUGCCGAUCAAAAAAAAAAAAUGCUUGGGCUUACAUUCAGAAUAUAUAAGAACUUGCAGGAGAAAGAUAUGUAUUAACAUGUAGCUUACUUUUCUUUUAUAAUGAGCACUUCACAUUUUUAAAUGUUAUUUUGUAAGUGCUACCAAGUGCCAGUGUAUUAUAAUUCAUUGUGUCAAUGUUAAAUUCAACUCAUUAUUGUACAAACAUUACUGGGUGUUAGUUAAUUGUUUUGUUGGAUACCAAUGUUACAUAUAUGUUCACUCUACCUAGACUGAAAAGUGUCUUUAAUGUACAAUCACAGUCCAGUGUUCAGAUACUGGUCAGUAUAUUUAUGUUGUUUCAAUGGAGCCGGUGCAUGUAAAUCAGACCUACUCAUGAAGCCUGGAACAAUUUUAUAAAUCCUACAAAAGAGAUGGAACAGUUUCCUUGUUAGAUUGUAAUUCUGUUGUUUUUCUAUUUAUACACGCCAUCUAUUUGCUGUAAAUUUUUAACAUUCCAUUCCAAAUUUUUAACAAGACAUGAAAAUUAUUUUUACACUUUGUAUCUUUUUAAAUUUUAUGUGAAAACUACAAGUUCCAUGUUUUUAUUAUGUUCAUGUUGUAGACUUUUAUAUAAGUGAAAAAUAAAAUGUAUUUGAAAUAAUC